GUUGCAUCACAAGCCAAUCAGCAAGCCGCCACUACACGCGGGGUUCACCGUGCACCUGGAAACUUACUCUUCCAGUGAGGACCACCUAGCGUUGUCUUGGAUCACAUAUCCCCUCUUUCUCUCUGGAAAACCUGCUCGACGCCACGUAUAAGUCCGCCGGCCGUUGGAAAAACCGCAGGCAGCACCACGAUGGCCCUUCAGCCUUGUGAGGGUAUGCCACCCCGCCAGUGUGCCGUGUGCCACAGCCGCACCAAGCUCUCCCGCUGUGCGGGCUGCCAGGUCGUCUACUACUGUGGCCGCGACCACCAAGUCAGGCAUCGGAAGGCGCACAAGUCCGACUGCAACCAGAUCAAGGAGUAUCGCGAGAGAUACAUUCAAGAGGAGAACGCCCUCCGCAACGGCUCCGAGUCCGAAUGGGGCUGGACCUGGGACAUGGCAGUCGGCAGGUUCUGGUGGAUCACGGAGACGCGAGCCUAUAUGCAGGCACGCUUCGGUUAUAUCGGGACGCUCAUGUCAAUAAACACGGUCGACGGCAUCGAGAUGGCGUUGAACCACCAACUGGACAUGCUGCGGCUGUGCCGCGGCGACAACAUGGGCAUCCGGAGCUACCCGCCGCACCUGAUGAUCCGUCUCAGGCGGGACCAGGAGGCGUAUGACUUUGUAAAGUGGUGGGCCGUGACAGCCGAGGACAGCCACUACGAUUGGGGCAACAUGGAGCUCCCGCACAUGAACCUCAUGGGCGAAGACGCGUUCGAAGGGGUGGGCAAGUUCGCGAAGCGCUUCGGCUCGCUCAGCCACAAGAUGGCCGUGACGCUUCUGAAAGUGCGGUUAUACCUCGACCUGCGCGACCUUCGCAACGUCGACCGCGCCUUCGAGGACGUCCUCCCGCAGGCGGUGACGGGCAGGAUCAAGCGGCACGUGGUGCGGACGGACGUCGUCGGCGCGCGGCGCGACCUGAUUGAGAAGACGAACGCCGCGGCGGGGACAGGCCGGCUGUUGAAGGCGCUGAAGAAGCAAAUCACGACAAUGGUCAGGAACGUGAAGGAGUCAAACAGCCACAUGUGGCCGGGAAUGUUCAACCCGCGGACGCUGCUGCCCGAGCUGCCAGACAUGUAUACGAUGGGCUCGCUCGAGGAGACGACGCUGACGUGGGCGGAAUGCGCCAAGGGAUGGACAGAGACCCCGGGGUCGCUGGCGGUGGUGAAGGCAGCCGGAGCGGCCUAGACCGAAGCUUUGAUCUGCAGGGUUGCAUUCAAGUCGCAGCGAUGACCGGCCCCGCGGACGCUGGUUGGGCACUGGCUGGAGGGAGGGGGGGAAGAGGAAGGCAGGACAGCAAAAAAGAGAGAACUGAGCGACAGUCGAUGGUAUGGGCAUCCAGACUUGACGGUUCGGGCGAUCGAGUCUUGGCUCAAACGGCAGCGGCAGUGAUCGCUGCUGUGCGUCGACUUUUUGGGGGGGAGGGGAAGCAGCGAAUGCCAAGGAAACACCAUCCAACCAUUACAGUUGCAGGUUUUGUGGGAAAAGUGCACAAGGAAGGGUUGCAGUUCCAAGCGCCCUGAUGUCAGGGAUUGGCUGUUGGAAGGGGGG